CAUAUUUAUGGUUCGUCUCGAGUAGACUCACGUCGUGUCGUUACGUUACCAUUGGCGAACCGCGGCAGUGAGUUUUCUAAUUUAUGGCGUUUGCGAUGUGCUUUCGUUGCCACCGUUAACCGACAAAAUCUUCCGCAGAACACAUCCGAUACCCGUAACAUACUUAGAGGCCGCUGGACGGAUUUUUCGUGAUGCGUCGGGUGUCGUGUCCCGAAUCGUCUGAUGGCGAAAAGAGAAGUCGAGCGUACAGCAACAAUAACCGUCGUCCGGGAACAUUCUAGGGCACUCCGCAAAGGCACAGUGAUCGCCAAUACCGUCGUCCGUCACUGAAAUUGUCUUCUACUAUGCCUUUCAAAUUGCGUCUAAAAAAGAGUCGACAGUACAAUGUCGUCUCCAAAUCUCUGUACGUUAUUUGUGUCGAACUCCUGGACAGCACAUCUAUAGAAUGUACCCUAUCGGCAGAGAGCGUUGGACAAGAAUGCCUAGACAGCGUAUGCCAAAGACUUGGAUUGCAUCAGCCGGAGAUUCUAGGGCUGCGCUACAUAUCUCGGUCUAGAAAUCCGCGAUGGGUUGAUUUAAGUAGACCAUUAAAAAGGCAGUUGGACAAAUACGCUUGUCAUUUUAGCUUGUAUUUGAGAGUCAUGUACUUUAUUUCAAAUGUAUCUUUUAUAAAGGACGAAAUGACUAGGUAUCAUUUUUUUCUUCAAUUGAAAAUGGAUGUUAUUGAAGGUCGUAUUCUUUGUGAUGCCGAUCAAGCAGUAUUACUAGCUAGUUAUAGCAUGCAAGCUGAGUUUGGAGAUCAUGAUUUAGAAAAACAUACAUCUGAAUAUCUUAAAGAUUUUCAACUUUUCCCAAAGCAACUAAUAGCGAUACAAGGGCGUCUGGAAAGUCUCACAGAAGCUGUUAUCUGCCAACAUCUGGCUUUAGCAGGCUUACCUCAAGGGACUGCUGAAGAAUAUUAUAUUAUUGCAGCACAACAGCUAGAAGGAUAUGGACAGGAAAAAUUUCUAGCUAAAGAUGAUAGUUCUACUGAAGUGACACUUGCAGUUAGUCUCAGAGGUGUAACAAUUCAAAACCAAAAUAGAAAUACAACAUUUUACCAAUGGGAAGACAUAGCAAAUGUUAUAAAUCAUAAACGGUAUUUUAGCAUAGAAGGGCAGCAUGAGAAUUUUAUACAGUUUCAGUUUAAUGAUGUUGAAACUGCUAAAUAUGUAUGGAACAUGUGUGUUUUGCAGCACAUGUUUUAUGGGCUGCAUGAAAAAAUUGAUCAAACCGGUGACAACAAGGCUGACAUUAUGAGAAAAAAUUUAGAAUCUCAUAUUGACAAUAAUAUAGAGAGCAGCCGAGAGGAAUUAGAUAUUGUUGAUGCUAAAGAAUCAGUCAUGAUAAGAGGUUCAUUUCCUUUUAAUGGAGUUCGUGCUCAAUCAACAUCUUGUUUAGAUUUGUCCUCUUCACAGGCAACUGAAAAAGCACGGUUGGAAAAAAAUGGACACAAAUCUAUAUCUAAAUUGCCAUCAUAUAGAUUGGCCCCAGAUUAUGAAACUGCUGUUCAACGUAAAUAUUCCCAAGGGGAUUAUUACAAUCAGACUCCAAAUUUAAUUCCUACAACUUCUAUUAGUCAUCAAGAUAUAAAUCUUCAUCAGUACAACAAUGAUUAUAAGCAAUUUCCUGAUGUCACUCAAGUGAACAUAGUAUCAACUGCUCAUCCCAUUCAUGGAAAAACAUCAGAUUUAGAUAUUCCAGCCCAGGAUACUGAAUACAUCCAAAUAUUCAAACCACCUCCACCUUAUCCAAUUAGUUAUAGUACACCAGAUUUAGCAAGAGCAUGUCCAUUAGGGUACAUUCAAAAUCCAGUAAGUGGUUCAAGUCCUGAUCUUUUGUCAUCAAGAGGUCCUAAUUUCCAGAUUGCUCCAAACCGUUACAAUGCUUCUCAUAUGUUGACAAAUUCUGAUACACACAGGACUUACACAAAUUUGAACGCGUUGCUUGAACCAAAAAAGAAUUUAGAUGAGUUCCGCACAGGUUUUAAUGGAAACAACAUGAUGUACUAUAUGGGUCAGCAUGGUCCUAUUUUAAAUCAACCAAUAACUAGUGUGAUUGUUAACGAAAGGCCACAUAAUUGCAGUACAGUUCUAGGUAAAUGUACAGAACCUAUUUAUGAAAAUGUACCGUUACCGUGGAAUUCUAAAGAUGUUCGCAACCGUGCAGCUGGUCCACAAGUAGCUUCUGAGAUCAAAUCACCCAUUAGUAAGGUGCCUCAACAAGUGCAGCCAGUAAAAGAAGAAAUUAUUGUGGAAAGACAACAGCAUGAAGUUAUGCCUAUGAAAAACAACACUUUGGAUAUGAGCAGUAUUUCUAAUGCAUCAUCACAAGUAGUUUCAACAUCAAUUAUUCAUUCAGCAGAACAGUCUUUUGAUUCUUCAAAUCAAAGCAGUAGUAGUGGAACAUUGAAAAAGGAAGGAAGAAGUAAAAAUCGCCGAAAGUGGGCAGGUUUGUUGAGUGGUGCGGUGAAAAGUAAAACAUUAAACAGAAACGGUGACAUAAGUGUGGAGGAAUUUAACAAACGUCAUUCUACUGUUCCACGACUUCCUAUACCUUCAACUAUUUCUAAAGACACUAUGUGCCAAAUCUUAGAGCAUAAAUUAGAAGACACAGAGUUAUUUCAUGAAUUUGACAAAAUCACUAAAGUUAAACCAAAUGCAGAAUUUUCCACAGCUUUUGUAUUAGAAAAUUAUUCAAGGAAUAGGCACAAGGAUAUUUUGCCUUAUGAAGAAAAUCGUGUUCGUUUAUCACCGAGUAAAGAAAAUCGAUUUGGAUAUAUCAACGCAUCUCAUAUUACCGCAUCGGUGGGAAACGAACAAAGAUUUUACAUAGCUACACAGACACCAUUGCCAAGUACGGUGAAUCAUUUUUGGCAAAUGGUAUGGGAGGCUGGAGUACACCUUGUCCUUGAUUUGUCCCUACCCAAAAUCAAUACUAUAGAUGAAAAUUAUGGAAAAUACUUUCCAACAGUUGCUGAUCAUUCUGUACAAUUUGGAGAGUAUCAUGUAUGGCUACAAUUCACACAAGAGACUGGUCAUUGUGUCACUAGUAAAUUAAAAUUGCAACACAACUCAUCUAGACGAUCAAGAAGUGUUUGGCAUUUACGGUAUGAUCAAUGGGUUGAGCAGGAUUGUCCGACUGAUGUUUCACAUUUUCUUGGUUUCUUGGAAGAAAUGAGUUCAGUGCGUGAACACACAAUCACAGAAAUACCAACUGGACAAAAUCGUAAUCCACCAAUUCUUGUCCAUUGUAGUACAGGAGUCGGCAGAACUGGCCUAACAGUAUUAACUGAUCUUCUACUGUAUACUCUAGAUCACAAUCAGGAAUUGGACAUACCUAAAACCAUAUCAUUGGCUCGACACCAGCGCAUGUUGUUUGUGGAAACAGUUGCUCAAUACAAAUUUAUACAUUCAUUGCUCAUUUACUAUUUGAAAAAUUCACGUCUCAUUUAGUAAAAAUUAUGAAUACAGUAUGAUUGUUAUGCUCAAAAUACCAGUAAACAAUACAGGGUCAACAUGUUAAAUAUUGAUUAAAUAUGUAAGUUUGUGUGUUUGUGUUUGAACCCAAGUAAAAAUAGAAAAUGGCACCCAUAAAAGAACAAAACAUUUUUCAGUAUUUUAUAAUAAUGCAAAUAAUGCAAUUGAUAUUAAAAACAAAUAACAUUAUCAAUAUAAUUUUUUUAUUGAUUUCAGUAAUUUUUUUUACAAUGAAUUUAGUUCAUUAACGAAUAUUUUAUUCCUUUAACAGUAGUAAUGUACUUGUUUUAUUUUACAAAAAAUGUUUGUUACAUUAACUUAGUAUUACAUAUUAUUGUUUAAUUUUUGUAUCCUAAGAAUAUAGUUCUUAAUUUUAUAAGUCAAUGUCUUAAGGGCAUAAAUCAAGUAUUAAAUCCUUACAAAUGUUAAGAAAUUAGUUCAUUUUAAUUAUAAAUUAUUGUUUAUAACUUGACGUGCACAUUGCACUAUGUAUUUAUAAAUUAUCUUUAAAUGAAGUAUUAUAUAUUAUUUAUUAUUUAUGUAUGUUAUAUAACAGUAGCAUGCAUUUAUCAUGAAGCGAACUAUAUACGCGCCUAGUGAUCAGUUAUAUUAUUGAAUGAAAAUCAUUAAUUUUAUUUUUUAAGAACAAAUUUUUUUAUAUUUUACUACUAUUUCGGUAUUAAUAAUUUAAUUAUUGUUAAAUGUUGAUUUGUCGAUACUAUAAAUUUGUUAUAAUUAUUUAAUUUUGUUAACAGCAUAAUAUUUUAUACGAAUAAAUCAUGAUUUUUGUAACAUUACUCAACAAUAA